AUGAACAGCUCUGAGUCCUCGGCCUCCAUCAGCUUCACCGUCUACGGCUCUCUCCGUCGGUACAACACCGCUCUGCUCGUUUGUAUAUCCGUCCUCUACGUCUCCUGUUUGUGUGUUAACCUCUUCCUGGUCCUGGUUAUUUGGGUGGAGUCCAGCCUCCACCGGCCGAUGUACGUCCUGCUGGUCAACCUGUGUCUGAGCGGCGUGGUGGGCAGCUCCUCCGUGUGCCCUCACGUCAUCCAGCAGCUGCUGGCCGACAGACCCCACUACACCCUCUCUGGGUGUCUGACUCAGGUGUUCUUCAUCAACGUGUACAGCGGCUGUAUAUUCUGCAUCUUAGCGCUGAUGGCCUACGACCGCUACGUCUCCAUCUGCAAACCUCUGCUGUACCACUCCAUCAUGACGGCGGCUCGGGUCCGGCUGCUGCUGCUGCUGGUGUACCUGAGCCUGGGGUCCUCCUCGGCCGUCCAGGUGGUCCUGACCUCCAGACUCCGGCUCUGCAGACACACGGUGGAUAAACUGGUGUGCGACAGCCUGGUGGUAGCGAACCUUUCCUGUACGAGCUCUCCGGUGGUCAGUGUGUUCGGUCUGUGCUGCGCCGUCUGUGUGGUGCUGUGCCCCUGUGUGCUGGUCUUGGGGUCCUACCUCCACAUCCUGCUGCUGCUCCUCAGGAGCUCCAGGGCGUCGCAGGUGAAAGGCCUGCAGACCUGCACCCCUCACUUAGUGACUUUCAUCAACUUCUCCGUGGCCUCUUUCUUCGGGGUCAUUUACAACCGGCUGAGUCAGCAUGAUUCUGAAGCCGGGGUUAUUUUCAUGUGUGUGAACUUUUUUAUCGUCCCUCCGCUGCUGCAUCCCAUAAUUUAUGGUAUUAAAAUGCAGGAGAUUCGGCAAAGUGUGAAGAAAAUUAUGAAACGGAAAAUCAUUCAAAUGUAA